AUGUUUGGUAGUUUCAAAAUCUUUAGGCACACUAACAUUUCACAUGUCCCAUUCUCAUUGUUCCCCUAUACUACUAGCAGUUCCUCUUCCCUUGUUUUGGAGGUGGUGCACGCAACCAUGAACUCAGACUCAGGUUACCAACCACUUCUAGUUGGUCUUCACUCACACUCCAACAUUCCAGACUUGUCGUCAGACACCAUUGAAGAAUUCUUGAAACAAAGGCCCAUUGAGUUGAGAUGGUGGCCCCAACUUAUUGCUUGGGAGUCAAGGCUCAUCUGGCUACUCUCUUGGGCCUCCAUUGUUGUCUCCAUUUUCAACUACAUGCUAAGCUUUGUCACCUUGAUGUUCACUGGCCACUUGGGGUCUGUUGAGCUUGCUGGGGCAUCCAUAGCCAUUGUUGGAGUUCAGGGUCUUGCUUAUGGGGUUAUAUUGGGGAUGGCAAGCGCAGUGCAAACUCUGUGUGGACAAGCAUAUGGAGCAAGAAAAUACUCAGCAAUGAGCAUCAUAUUGCAAAGAGCAAUCAUCUUACACUUGGGAGCAGCAGUUGUUCUCUCAUUUCUCUUUUGGUUCUCAGGGUCAUUUCUGAAACUCAUAGGUCAGUCAGAGAGCAUAGCAGAGAAAGGUCAAGCUUUUGCACGUGGAAUCAUUCUUCAACUCUAUGCAUAUGCAGUAGCAUGCCCUAUGCAGAGGUUCCUCCAAGCACAGAACAUUGUGAACCCUCUUGCAUUCAUGUCAAUUGGGGUGUUCCUUCUGCAUGUGCUUCUCAAUUGGUUGGUAGUCUUUGUGUUGGACUAUGGACUUGUUGGGGCUGCCCUUACUCUCAGCUUCUCUUGGUGGCUUCUUGUCUUGUUGAAUGGGUUAUACAUCAUUCUUAGCCCAAGAUGUAAGCAAACUUGGGUAGGCCUAUCUGUGAAAGCUUUCAAAGGAAUUUGGCCUUAUUUCAAACUGACAGCUGCUUAUGCUUGGAUGCUGUGGUAUAGACCAAAACUCCACCUAAUUCUCACCCUCUUGCACACACAAAAAGCACAAAUAUUACUUUAA